AUGCCGCAGCAACCUGGCGAGCAGUCUCUCUGCACGCUCUUCGCAGACAUCCACUACUACUUCAGCCACCCGAACGCGAAGCCCGUCCACCACCGCUUCGACAAGAGCUCCUACGUCUACCUCUACUACAACCCGACCGAGCGCCGCGGCCGCAUUGAGAUUGCCAAUUAUGCCGGCACUCCCGACCAGGACGCCUUCAUGGGCUAUCUCGACACCGUCCAGGUCAAUCGCACCCAUAAGCAGCCUAAUCUCUUCACCAUCACCGUCGAUCCCUCCAAUGCGGGGAGCACGCCCAGCUCACCUCAGCAAGACUACUCGCAGUGGCACCUUCCCGCCCCCGAUCAGCGCAACGAAGGCAAAUACAUGUUUAAGCUGCACACCGUCGACAUAUAUCUGUGGACCGAGAACGACGCGAACACACUCGUGAGCUUGCUGCAACAGGUUUUGCAACCCCAUCAGUUGAGGAUACUGGACGCUCCCACCCACAAGAGUCGGCACUCCGAACACUCCGAAACCAUGAGCCCGGUCGUCAAGAAGCUCGAGCAGAUGGCCGUCUCCAACCCCCACCAAUACCGCAGCACCAGCGUGAGCACCACUCAGUCUUUCCCUGGGCCUCCAACAAUGCCCGCAUCGUCGUUGGGGGAAUCUCCGCAGGAGCCUGCAUCAUACGCUCCGAUGGCAUACAACCCGGCAGCUCCCGCCGCGCCUGAGCCUAUUUCUCACCGCGAGAAGACUCCGCCGCCUCCGGACGGGGAGAUGGGAACGGGCCUUGCCGCUGCUGCCGCACACGAGGACGGUGCGGCGGCGUACGGCAUGCAGCAGCACCAGCACCACGGCUCGUACCAGCAACACCAACCCUACAUGCCCGGACCCCCGUCCGCAACCCACGGCUCCUUCCCGCCGCCUCCCGCCUUGGGCCCGACGCCCACGCAGAUCCAACGCGCCUCCACCACGACGGGCUCGUUCCCGCCGCCUCCGCCGCCGCAGAACGGCGGCACCCCGCCGUACUCGCAGUCCUUCGCCCCGCCGCCCAGCGCCGCGCCUUACGGCCAGACGCCCACCCCGACCCACCCGGGCAUGCAGCGCCAGGCCACCCUGCCCGCCGGCUACCCCGGCUAUAACCCGCAGGCACAAACUCAACCGCAGUACGCCAACUACCCGCAGUCCCCCGGCUACGCCCCCGUCCAGUCCCCAGGCAUCUCGACGCCGCUCCAGUCGCCAGGGUACGCUGCGGCUGCGCCCUCGCCCGGCAUGCCGCCCCCCGGCGGCUACGCGCAGUACUCGUACGGCCAGCCGACGGCGCAGCCGCAGAGCCAGGCCGAGUCGUACGCCGUGCACGGCCAGCUGUACCGGCCCACGGAGCAGGAGGCUAGCAUACGCGGCCACGAUAGGCCUGGGCAGCCGGGGCCGGGCGCUGCGCCGCCGGGGAAGUUUGAGCAGAGGGUGGAUCGGGUGGAGAAGGGGGUGAGUAAGUUUUUGAAGAGGUUGGAUAAGAAGUUGUGA